UCGAUCAUUGUAUGUAUGCACCUAUAUAUAGGCACCUCUUAUACGCCUCGAUCUCUCUUCUCGCAAAUCUUCGCGUUACUCUGCUGCCAACAUUUCUCUUGCUCCGCAAAAUACUCUCUGGUCUUCUUCUUCUUCUCUCUUUAUACUCCCUCUAUCUUUCUCGCCAUCACAAUUGACAUCAUUGGCUCGAACCCAAUUAGUAAAGGCUGGUGUGACAUGGCUGCAUAUACGCCCAAGAACAUUCUUAUUACUGGGGCUGCUGGAUUCAUUGCAUCUCAUGUUGCUAACCGGCUCAUUCGAAGUUACCCUGAAUACAAGAUUGUUGUGCUUGACAAACUUGACUACUGUUCAAGUCUUAAAAACCUAAAUCCUUCUCGAUCGUCCCCCAACUUCAAGUUUGUUAAGGGGGACAUUGGCAGCGCUGAUCUCGUCAACUACCUACUCGUCACUGAAAACAUCGACACGAUAAUGCACUUUGCUGCCCAAACCCAUGUCGACAAUUCAUUUGGAAACAGUUUUGAGUUUACCAAAAACAACAUUUAUGGUACCCAUGUUCUUCUAGAGGCAUGCAAAGUCACUGGCCAAAUUAGAAGGUUUAUCCAUGUCAGCACAGAUGAGGUCUAUGGAGAGACAGAUCAGGAUGCAGUAGUAGGAAACCAUGAAGCUUCUCAAUUGCUUCCCACAAAUCCAUACUCUGCGACAAAAGCUGGGGCAGAAAUGCUUGUUAUGGCUUAUGGAAGAUCGUAUGGGUUACCUGUGAUAACCACUCGAGGAAACAAUGUUUAUGGUCCCAAUCAAUUUCCUGAGAAACUAAUCCCAAAAUUUAUUCUCUUGGCCAUGCAAGGGAAGCCUCUACCGAUUCAUGGGGAUGGCUCAAAUGUCCGGAGUUAUCUUUACUGUGAGGAUGUUGCCGAGGCUUUUGAAGUCAUUCUUCACAAGGGAGAAGUUGGUCAUGUUUACAAUAUUGGCACAAAGAAGGAGAGGAGAGUAACUGAUGUUGCUAGGGAUGUAUGCAAGCUCUUCUCAAUGGACCCGGAAACAAGCAUUGAGUUUGUGGAGAACAGGCCAUUUAAUGACCAGAGAUAUUUUCUAGAUGAUGAGAAGUUGAAGGAUUUGGGGUGGUCCGAACGGACUAUAUGGGAAGACGGGUUGAAGAGAACAAUGGAAUGGUAUACCAAUAACCCUGAUUGGUGGGGUGAUGUCUCUGGAGCAUUGCUUCCUCAUCCAAGAACGUUUAUGAUGCCUGGUGGAUUUGAGAGACAAUGUGAUGAGGGCGAGAAAUACCACGACGAAUCAUUUCAUUUUUCAACUACUUCUAACCAGAGCCGAACGGUGGUACCAGAUUCCAAAACCAGUGGCUCUCCUAUGGAACGACCUUUGAAGUUCUUGAUUUAUGGUAAGACUGGGUGGAUUGGUGGCCUACUAGGGAAAAUAUGUGAGAAACAAGGAAUUCCAUACGAGUACGGAAAGGGGCGCCUAGAGGAUCGAUCCCGACUCAUGGAUGAUAUCCAGAAUGUUAAGCCCACCCAUGUUUUCAAUUCUGCUGGUGUGACCGGUAGACCCAAUGUCGACUGGUGUGAAAGUCAUAAAACAGACACAAUACGUACCAAUGUUGCUGGCACUCUGAACUUGGCAGAUGUUUGCAGAGAGCAUGGGCUUCUGAUGAUGAAUUUUGCUACUGGAUGCAUAUUUGAAUAUGAUGCUGCUCAUCCAGAAGGUUCUGGCGUUGGGUUUAAAGAGGAAGACAUACCCAAUUUCACUGGUUCUUUCUACUCGAAGACAAAGGCCAUGGUUGAGGAGCUCUUGAAAGAAUAUGACAAUGUUUGCACCCUCAGAGUUCGAAUGCCUAUAUCUUCAGACCUCAGCAACCCGCGCAACUUCAUUACCAAAAUCUCUCGAUAUAACAAAGUGGUCAACAUUCCGAAUAGCAUGACAAUCUUGGAUGAGCUUCUACCCAUUUCGGUCGAGAUGGCAAAGCAGAACCUCAGGGGCAUAUGGAAUUUCACAAACCCGGGUGUCGUGAGCCACAACGAAAUCCUUGAGAUGUACAAGGAAUACAUAGAUCCGGAAUUCAAAUGGGCCAACUUCACAUUGGAAGAGCAAGCCAAGGUGAUCGUUGCCCCUCGGAGCAAUAACGAGAUGGAUGCCUCCAAGUUGAAGAAUGAAUUCCCAGAAUUGCUAUCUAUCAAGGAGUCAUUGAUCAAGUAUGUGUUUGAACCCAACAAGAAAACUUUUGCUGCGUAAUUGUGAGUUUUACGUUAGGUGCUUUGGUUCUGGAUUUCCCUUUGGAAUGGUCAGCCGUCUGGAGCCAUAAUUCAUUCUUUGUUCAUUGCAUUGUUUCUAUUACUAUGUGUGAAUUUUUGAUAGUUUAUCAGGAUGGCUUCGAGAGACGUUUUCUGUUUUUCAUUUUUAUUUUAGUUUUUCUUGAGUUUCCUUUAUUCGAAGGAACUUGUAAGUAGACUUCACAUAUAUGGUUGUUAUCAUCCGCGAGCUUGCAGUGGCGUAACGCUUGGAUUCUACAAUUCAUAAAUUCGUUCGUUGUUUAACUUGUA